AAGCAUUGCUUUCAGAGACCUGAUUGUAAUGUGCAUUUGUGGUUUUAUAGGAGUCGUCGCUUGUAUGCUGAGGAUCAUACUAUGCUGAGAGAAGCAAAUAAGAUAUUUCACAAGACGAUCGAUUGGUCGCUUCGCGCAAGAGGAGUUAACCCGCUGCCUCUAGUCGUCGGUGGAUGUCACAUGCACGGAUGCUUCAUGAUGAAACUCCCUCGUGAUCGCCCACACGGAUGUAGCCAUGGCAGUUACGUCAACCUGGCCAACACCAUGAUUCUACCUAGGCUCACGCGUAUGAAAUUUACACGAGACCAUGACCCACCUCGGGAGAUUUAUUCGCAAAGAAAAAGAGUGAGCAACGUGCCGAGAACUGUGAGCCUUCCACGUGGGGAACGGCUCUUUAGAAUAACUGUGAGAAUACUAAAAUCAAAGGAUGUUAGAAUAAGAGAAUGAUAUAAUGGGAUGGUCAAUCGAAGAGGAUGUGGAAGAAGACAUUCAAGGUGUAUCGUUUAAACGUUUGAUUAGGAGAAAGCGUUAAGCUAUCCACGAGGAUGAUGCUCCAGCAUGAAAAAAAAUAUAAGAGAAACCCACAAUGGAUCCGAAUAAGAAACACUGUGAUGAAGAUACUGUUGUAUCUUGUUGCACUGAAAACAAUAUAAAGAAUUAUGAGAAAUAUGCGGCGCCUGAUGACCGGGACAGAGGAACAAAGCAACGAAGGUUACAAGAACAUGGAGAGUUACUCAUUAAGGCAAAGUCAUUAAGAUGCAUAAGAGGAAAUGAUCUGCGGACGAGUCGUCUUGAUUCCUACUCAAGCUAGGAUAAAAAAUGGGACCCUGGACAAACACGAUGUUCAAUCAAGCUUUGCUUCAUCCUCGGAAGAACGCAGUAUUUGAGUGUCAUCCGAGUUCUUGUGCAAGAGAAUUCUUCCUUGCGCUACCGUGGCUGCUCGAGUGCUCGACUAAGGCAGAGCAAACGUUAUGAAACAAGGAUGUCUCGGAAAGCAGAAUAUGCUUGGCAUCAAAUAUAACAAAGGUGGCACAAUCUGUUAUCUAAAAAGAUGAAGAGACAGAAGGGAAAAUGUGAAACAAAUGGACAAGGAUAUAUUAAAAUGAAGAAUAAAAUGACAGGAAAAUCAUCCAGAAUAAUAGAUUCCUGCGUACUACGGGUUCAAAGCUCUUAAAGCAGGAAGUUGAACCGCGAUGAGGCCUCAGGCACACACUUGCCUUGGUCUCUUAGGAUCUACAACAGUUACUCUAUGUCUUUCUCCAUCUCUUUCUGUCUCUCUUAUUCUCUCUGUGAGACGCACUCGCACAUGAUUAUCCUUUUUGCAUAAUACGGACAACGUACUUCGUCUCUUCUUCAGACUCAUCAUGGAGUUCUUCAUUAAAAUCUGUCUAUGGGAUGUAGUCGGCAGAAGGGUCAAGGUUAUACAGCAUUACAGAUCUGGAAAAAGUGAUAUUUAUCUCUAAAAUUAUCAGCGAUAUCGGUUCCACCACUAAGUGAGAACGUGUCCCAGUUACCAGUAGAGCUAUUGGUGACCCCGAUGCGGUAGAGUUUACCAAUUAUCAGAUACCUCAGGGGAUCCAACUCAUAGAUCACAUGUCGACAACCUCACUUAGGGGGUGCGUUACGCAGACUCAGCAGGUGGGAUCGAGCAGCUAUGAAGUAGGAGGUCUCUUUUCUGGAGUGGAGAAGGUGUAGUCUGGUAAAUACCAGAAGCUCACUGGCGGGCAGCAAGCAGUCGAACGCGAGGUUCCUUCCGCGCUAUGCGCUCGCGCUUGAUACUAUCACCGUUUGCGAGGCAUCCUAUAAUCAGUGCGCUAGUAGCUUCCUUUUCAUUUUCCUCUUCUUCUUUUUCCUACUUCUACUUUUAAAGUGCUUCUUAUCUUCUCUUUUCCCCCUUUUGUUGUACUACAGGUCUCCCCUUCCCUCGAGAUCCUACAUUCGAUUUCACCCUCGAGCUGUGGAAAGACAUUCUAGCACUGUAGCUCACCACUGGAGAGUUCAGUCUUGACUUGUCGGGGUAUCGGAUCUGGUCUUUCUCCUGUUGAUCCUCAUGGUGUCCUCCUCGUGGGAAGACAAAUGUCCUCAGUGUGACGCGACGUAGAGACAGAGGAAUAGAGAAAGUAAUAGGAGAGAGUGUAAUAAAGGAGAGAGAAAGAGACAGAGAGAGAGACUCUUUAACGUGGGACUUUAAUCAAGAGAAACUUCGAGAAUGAAGAGGAUUAUAUUUGCUCGAACCUGCCUAGGCGUGCUCUCUGCAGUUUUUUUGGUCGCCGCACUUUCCCCAACGCAUCAUCGGUUCGACCUUUCAGAGUACGUGUACCAAGUGGAUCAGGACCUGCAGGCAAGAGCACGUGUCGCCCUCGAGGCUGAGGAACGAGUUUUCCAGUCGAAAACCUGGUUGCAAGACCGUGUUUCCACCAAUGGAACCCUCUGUGCAGUGACAGACGAACGGCCCUGCCCACCAAGCAAAUAUCGAGCACCCUCAGGAGCGUGUAACAACAUCAGACAUCCAGCAUGGGGUGCCCGAGGAUCUCCCUUUCUGAGAUUUUUACCUGCGACUUACUCAGAUGGCAUUGCUGGACCCAGACAGUCAUUGAGCAGCCAUACCUUGCCAAGUCCCACCGAUGCGGUCUCAAAGAUUCAAGCCUCUCAGGGAGACGCUAUUCUUCACGAAGGAUUAACAAGCCUAUCUGGAGUCUGGUCGGAAAUUCUGCUGAGAGAUAUUGCCUGGACAAUCCAUCCUAGUUAUCCAGAAAGCAAGUGUUGUGAUUCUGACAAGAAACACCCAGAGUGUUAUGAGGACGUCGAUUCUUCAGGAAUUUGCAAGAGCUACUUCCGCUCGGUACCUACAUUAAGUGCGCAUCUUUGUAAAUUCGAAGGCAGAGAGCAGAUGAAUGCCGCUUCCGGUUACUUGGACGGUUCUGAUCUCUACGGUAACACCGACGAGCAACUUCACCGACUGAGAACGUACAGUCAUGGCAAGGUCGAUCUAGGUGCGUGCCAAGUUUGCAACUGCUCGGAUUCUGCUAUUGGGCAUAUCUACACGGCGUUUCUCCUCGAACAUAACAGACUCGCUGACAAGCUGGCUGAGGCUAAUGAUCAUUGGGACGAUACCAGAAUAUUCCUGGAAGCACGUCGCGCGGUAGUUGCUCAGAUACAGCACAUUACUUUUAACGAAUUCGUGCCCAGCGUGCUGGGGGAGGCUGCACUUGUGGAUCAAGAUGUCAGACCGAUAACCAGCGGUUUCUACAUGGGUUACUCAUCUACCAAUCGUGGUGGAGCCUUCGACGCUGUUGCCUUGGCAGCAUUGCAAGCACUGACUUCGUUGCAUUAUAGAAGAAAUGGGGCAAAAACUAAUUUGAUUGAUCUUGUUGUAAAUCCUGCAAAUUAUGUGAGUCUUGGAAUCAGUCGAGAUUCUCUACGCUACGUCGGCCCUGGUCACUGGGAACCUAGUAAACUUCUCAUUCAUAUGGCUAGAGAUCAUGCCCUACCCGGCUACGUAAGCUUUCUAGAACUCUGUUCAGGAAAUGGAAAACCCGGCAACUUCUCUGAAUUGCACAGUGUAAUGACCAUUAGCAAUGCCAAUCUUCUUGAAAGUAUUUAUAGUACUGUGGACGACGUGGAUCUUCUUAUUGGAGGUAUUCUUGAGACACCAGUAGGAGGUGCUGCUGUCGGACCAACGUUUACCUGUUUGCUUAAGAAGCAGUUCGCCAAGCUGAGAAAUUCUGAUCGAUUCUGGUACGAGAAUGAUCUUCCACCGUCGAGUCUUAGCAGUGAGCAACUGUCUGAAAUCCGAAAGGUGUCGCUAGCUGGAAUUAUAUGUGCCAAUUUAGGAAUUGCCAAGAUACAGUCUAAUGCCUUCAUCCAGCAAGAUCCUUACUUAAAUGUGAAAAUCAAAUGCGAUCAGCAUAAUAUUUUGGAUUUAAGUCCCUGGCAAGAAGCUCCCACUCCGGUUCCUAUACUGGACAACUCGAUGGUACCGACAGUUUCGUCCCAGAUCGCCUCUGAACUGAGUCCCGAUAUUAUAGCUGCUGCCAUAAGAAAGGCUAAGGAGGAUCUUAUAGAAAGAAAGCAGCUGGAGUAUAAUUCAUGGCUGGAGCAAAGGAUAGCCGACCCUAAAUCACCAACGGGAACUGCAGCUAGUUUCUCAAAGGCCAACAAGGAUGCUCUGUUACUAGCCAACUCGUCGAUUCUCUAUGAAUUGGCAACGAAUGAAAUUGUCAACGGGGUUCAUGGACUGCGACGAAGAAAACGUCAGAUUUUUGAUAACAGCGAUAAUGUUUUGGGAUUCCCCAGUAGUGACUUUUCAGACAUACUCCAGAACGUAGACAUUUCUGGUCUUUUACCUGGUCAUAAAGAGAUCAGCUCUGACGAAAUUGAAUGUCCACCGGAUGAAGGUCCUUGUGACCCUACGACUCCAUACAGAACACUCACUGGAUACUGCAAUAACUUACGCAAUCCUAACUUAGGAAAAUCUCUAACAGUCUUCGCCAGGCUUCUACCUCCGGUAUACGAAGAUGGUGUAUCAAAGCCACGUACAACCUCAGUUACCGGAAUACCCUUGCCUAACCCUCGAGUUAUCUCGACUGUCAUUCAUCCUGACAUUUCGAACUUGCAUAACCGUUACACCCUGAUGGUGAUGCAAUUCGCACAGUUCCUGGAUCACGACUUAACAAUGACACCAAUCCACAAAGGAUUUGCUGAAUCUAUUCCCAGUUGCAGAUCCUGCGACUCCCCUAGAACUGUUCAUCCCGAAUGUAAUCCUUUCCCCGUGCCUCCCGGUGAUCAUUUCUAUCCGACCGUAAACGUAUCGUCCGGUGCCAGGAUGUGUUUUCCAUCAAUGAGAUCUUUACCAGGCCAGCAACACCUUGGUCCUCGUGAGCAGGUGAAUCAGAACACAGGAUUCCUGGAUGCAUCCGUCGUUUACGGAGAAAAUAAUUGCAUUUGCAAUAACCUCCGUGGAUUUAAUGGGCGCAUGAACAUCACUCUAAAUCCUACUCGCGGCAAGGACCUUCUGCCACAGUCGGCUACCCAUCCUGAAUGCAAAGCUCAAUCGGGAUAUUGCUUCAUCGGCGGAGACGGUCGUGCCUCCGAGCAACCAAGUCUUACCGUAAUACACACAAUCUGGAUACGUGAGCACAACAGGAUCAUGGAAGGAUUCCGUCAAGUGAAUCCUCACUGGGACAGUGAGAAACUUUUCCAGCAAACACGCCGUGUAAUCAGCGCCAUGUUACAGCAUAUCGCUUACAACGAAUUUCUUCCAAGAAUACUUGGCUGGAAUGCAGUGAGCCUCUAUGGACUAAAACUCCUUCCCCAAGGAUACUACAAGGAGUACUCGCCCACCUGCAAUCCCAGUGUUCUGAAUGAGUUUGCCGCAGCAGCCUUCAGAAUAGGACAUUCCUUAUUAAGACCGCAUUUACCACGUAUGGACCGGAAUUAUCAGAAUGUAGAUCCACCUAUACUCCUGAGGGAUGGUUUCUUCAAUCCCGAUAUGCUCUAUCAACCUGGAAUGAUGGACGAAAUGACCCGGGGGCUCGUGGCUACUCCCAUGGAGACUCUUGAUCAGUUCAUAACUGGUGAAGUAACUAACCACCUCUUUGAGAACCGUAGAAUACCACACUCUGGAGUCGACUUGAUUGCAUUGAACGUCCAACGAGCCCGCGAUCACGGAAUACCCUCGUACAACAACUACAGAGCACUGUGCAAUCUGAAACGUGCCACGACCUUUGAAGAUCUUUCGCGCGAGAUGGCGCCCGAAGUGAUCGCCAGGAUGAAGAGAAUCUACGCAUCCGUGGACGAUAUUGACCUCUUCCCCGGUGGCAUGAGUGAGCGGCCUCUCCAAGGUGGACUCGUAGGACCAACUUUUGCCUGCAUCAUUGCCAUACAAUUUAGACAGUCGCGCAAGUGUGAUCGUUUCUGGUACGAAACUGAUGAUCCCAAUAUUCGCUUCACCGAGCACCAAUUGGCUGAAAUCAGAAAAACGACGUUGUCAAAGGUGGUCUGCGAAAACAUGGACCACCCGUCCGAUAUGCAAAGGGCGGCGUUCGAUCUGCCAAGUAACUUCUUGAACCCCAGGGUGCCAUGUAGCUCCAUGCCACAUAUGGAUUUCAGUGCUUGGAAGGAAACGAGACAUGGAUGCCAGAUUGGCAAUAGAAACGUUGGAAUCGGGGAGUCUGGCUUCCCUACACCCUGCACUAGUUGUGUAUGCACUGCCGAAGGGACGCAGUGUGCCUCGCUGAGAGUGACCGAUUGUAAUCAGUUACUCCGAGAAGCUUCCCGUGAGGCAAUCCUUAGAGAUGAUGUCUGCACAGCCCAAUGUGGCUUUGUCCUAGCAGCCUCCGAAGCCUCUUCCAGGCUACAAUUUACUACGCCAAGCACAUUUGGAGGAUUCCCACCACAGACGAACAACCUUAGAAGCUCACCGACUCCUGCGUCAUUUAAUGGCUUUAAACUUCCAGACUUGUCGCAAUUUAUUGGUUGAAUGUAGUACUUAGUCGAAGUCGUAGAGGGUGUGUUAAUGUGCAAUUGUUGUGUGCAUGGAUGUGUCUGUGUAGGUUCACAUAUUUUCCUGCCGUUCACCGGUCGCCUGAGAAUUAAUUGAACAAGCAAAUGAAAUGGUACGAAAAACAAUUAAUAUGAAAAUAUUGUAGGGAGAAAUGUUCGAAAGAGUGUAAAUAUAGAUGAUAAGUGCAGUAUAUAACGUUAAUGACCGAAAAUCGAAUAUAUUAUCUUUUGUUAAUAAUCACGUUUAUGUGUCUUCUUCUGAA